AUGGCUUCCGAAGACGAAGGAAAUACACAGCCAACUAAUCCAAAUACUAUAUCAAUGCUAUCUGAGUGUGAAGACUUAAUGCCAGCUACACCGCUUGAGUCUUCUGCAAGCAUUGAUACCGAUAAAAAAGAAAAUCCACAAACCUCAUUACACUUGAGUGGCUCUUUCUAUUCAGGGAUGGAUUCCUUGAAUAUCUUAUCAUCACAAGAGAUAGAUACCUCGAUGAAUGCUGAGCCAAUUAACGUAAAGAACAAGAAAAGAACCUUCGAUAGCAUUUCAGAAGAGAACCCUGAUGAAUCCCAUGUCAUAUCACAUGAUACUGACGCACCAGUUUCGAAAAAAAUUAAUACAAAGACAACUUCAGCUGUUGAUCAAACAGAAACUCAGAAUGUUCAAUUAUCGUCUUUUUCAUUCAAACCAGUUAAACGUAAAACUCGAAAAGCUAUGUAUAAAAUUACGAAUGAAAAAGAAGUCGCUUCUUCUAGUAAUAAGAAGGCUCGUCAUGAUUCUUCUGUACAUGCAUCACAAUCAACAUCUUCAUAUAAGAAGGCUCGUCAUGAUUCUUCUGUACAUGCAUCACAAUCAACAUCUUCAUAUAAGAAGGCUCGUCAUGAUUCUUCUGUACAUGCAUCACAAUCAACAUCUUCACAGAAAUCAACCAUUGAUUCAUCUGAACGAGUUCAUUCUGGUUCGUCUAAAUCGACUCGAGGGAGGAAAAAAAAAUCGACACGUGAAACUGCUUCAUCGAAAAAUACAAGACCAACAUUAAGCCCUGAUGGCAUAUUUUCUGGUUAUCGAAUCUUUUUUAUUCCAAAAAAGAUUGAUAGCGUUCGUUUGAGAUUAUUGAAAGAAAAAGUAGUUGAAAGGGGAGGACAAGUGAUCGAUGGUGAAUUUGAUGCUUCAGCUACACACGUGAUUACAGCUUUGCAAGGACAAAAAAUUUUAAAAACUUUAGGAAUUCGUGAAAAAAACUUACCUCAGUAUGAAAAACUCGUGGAUAUAGAACCAUAUAUUGUACAGACGUCAGAUGUGUUAAGUACCCAGCAAACAGAAAAAAGAGCUCAUGAUAAUGACGAAGAUAAAAGACAAGAAUCCUUGACUCCAAAAAGGCGUUCCGUUUCUCCACCUUCCAUUUUACCAGAAGUAUCUACGCCGACCUAUGAAUCGUCACCAACUGUCAGAAAUGUGAUUUCAGGUGACGAUCCCUUGACAGAAAUGAUUGCGGAGACCAAACAUCUUGUAGAUGAGGGUUUUCUGUUGGACGAUUAUGAUGAUGAGUCCCAAAGCGUGCAAGGCGAAAUAUCUGAUUCAGAAGAUAAGUCAGAAGAUGAGAUGAUCGAAUCAUCAACGCAGAACGAAGAAGCCUUAUCACAAUCACAAGAAGUUACUUCUGA